AGCAAAGAGGAGGAAAAGGAGGAAGGGAGACCAGGAGGAGGAGGAGGAGGAGGAGGAGGAGGAGGAGGCAGCAGCAGCAGCAGCGGCGGUGGGGGGGGUAGGCGAAGAGUAAUGGUUGUGACAGCUCACCCUGAUGAUGAAGUAAUGUUCUUCGGACCCACAAUCCUUCACUUUACAAGACAGGAAGGAGCUCUGGUGUAUCUCCUGUGUAUGUCAACUGGUGACUACUAUGGCCAAGGUGCGGUGAGAACGAGAGAACUAGUAGCCAGCUGUGUGGUGUUGGGUGUGGCAGCAGAGAAUGUGAUCCAAUAUCGCUGUGACGCCCUGCCAGACAGCCCCGAUGUGCUGUGGCCCACCCCACACACAGCCAACCUCAUCAACCACCACCUGCAUGCCCUGGAUGUCGAUAUGGUGGUGACCUUCGACAUGGGGGGGGUCAGCGGCCACUCGAACCACUCAGCAUUGUUCUUCGCCCUUCAGCAUCUUGUCGAGAGAGAAUCGCUGCCCUCAAGAUGUGAGGCCUAUUCCCUGGACACAGUUGGGUUGGUUCGUAAAUAUUCCUCUCUUCUUGACGUUCCCUUGAGCUACUCUCUCUCCUCCUGCGCCUUCACUGUCGACAGGAAGAACCAUGCCAUACUGCAGAGAGCCAUGCGCGCCCACACCUCCCAGUACAUAUGGUUCAGGCGCCUCUACAUGUAUUUUUCCCGCUAUGUCUUGAUCAACACUCUCUCCCGCAUCACAGCUUAACCUGGUAACACUGUAUUGCGUCCCACACACCAUUGGGCGGGUUCACGAGACAUUUGGGCGGUUUUUUGCGGGUGUUUGGGGACUGUUGGGCUAUUUUUGGGGUAUUUUGUUGAUUUGGGCGGUUUUUUAAGGGUAGUUUGGAGUUUUGGGCUAUUUUGUUGUGUUUUGUUGAUUUGGGCGGUUUUUUGAGACAUUUGGGUGUUUUUUUGGGGUGUUUGGGCUAUUUUUAGGGGUAAAUUGGAGUUUUGGGGCAGUUUGGGCGGAUUUACGGGGCAUUGGGCGGGUUUUUGGGGUAGAUUUGGAGUGCUGGGCUAGUUUGGGCGGAUUUUAAGUGGAUUUACGGGUUUUGGUGUAUAUUUUGGAGAAUUUGGGCGGUUUUUAUUAUAUUUUGGAAUGUUGAGCUUAUUUUUUCGUAAUUUUUAGUAAUUUGGGCUAUUUUCUGCAUGUUUUGGAGGGCGUACUGGCAUUUUGGGCUAUUUUUUGUCAUUUUGGGCGGGUUUUGGGGGUGUUUAUUACAGUUGGGCUAUUUUGUGUAGUAAUUUAAUUCAUUGGGCGGUUUUUUUGGGGGUGUUUUGAUAAUUUUGGGCUAGUUUUCUGAGUUUUUUCAAUGUUGGGCUAUUUUGUGUAGUUUGGGCUAUUUUGGUGUAGUUUGGGCUAUUUUGGUGUAGUUUUGAGGGUUUUUAAGUCAAUUUGGGCGGUUUUGUGUGCGCUGGGUGAUAUUGCGUGCGUGUGUGUGUGUGUGUGUGCGUGUGAGUGGGUAGAAAUAGGCCACAGAGAUGACUGGGGGGGUUGUCAAGAGUGUUUCUCCAGUUAAUAGUGCAGAAAUCAUGUCAUUCUGCCUCUAGAACCUUAAAAACACCCUUA